AUGGAGGAUGAAGACGACCUCCCCCACCAUGAGGAACGGACAUGGUACGUGGGCAAGAUCAACCGCACGCAGGCCGAGGAGAUGCUGAGCGGCAAGCGAGACGGCACCUUCCUCAUCCGAGAGAGCAGUCAGCGGGGCUGCUACGCCUGCUCUGUGGUGGUGGACGGCGACACCAAGCACUGUGUCAUCUACCGCACGGCCACCGGCUUCGGCUUUGCAGAGCCCUACAACCUGUACGGGUCCCUCAAGGAGCUGGUGCUGCACUACCAGCACGCCUCGCUGGUGCAGCACAACGACGCGCUGGCCGUCACGCUGGCCCACCCUGCCCCCGCAUUUCCACCCCAUCUUCCCGCCGCGAUGAACUUUGCUCCCCUCCUGUUGCUACCGCUGCUGGAGAUCCUCGCGGUGUCGCGUGCGUCCUCAGCGGGAGAGUCCACCAAGGUGGCAGCGGCCUGCAAGGUAGAGACCGGGAAGCGACAGGCCUGUCCUGGGGCCACGGCGCCUCCUCGCUCCCAGGCUCCUGUGGCUGGCGUCCUGUGCCCAAAGGUGCCCACCAAGAACCCUGACGCACCGCCUGUCAGCGUCAGUCUCUACUAUGAGUCUCUGUGCGGUGGCUGCCGGGGAUUCCUUAUCAGGGAGCUCUUCCCCACUUGGCUAAUGGUCGAGGAGAUCCUUAACGUCACGCUGGUGCCUUACGGGAAUGCUCAGGAGCAAAACGUCAGCGGCUCGUGGCAGUUCACGUGUCAGCAUGGAGAGCGUGAAUGCAUGCUCAACAAGGUGGAGGCCUGCCUGCUGGACAAGCUGGAUAAGAUCCUGGCCUUUCUGACCAUCGUCUGCCUGGAGGAAAUGGAUGACAUGGAAAAAAACCUGCAACCGUGCUUACAAAUCUACGCCCCAGAGAUGUCCCCAGACACCAUCCUGGAGUGUGCAAUGGGGGACCGUGGCACACAGCUCAUGCACGUCAAUGCCCAGCUGACGGAUGCCUUGCAGCCGCCCCACCAGUAUGUGCCCUGGGUCGUCGUCAAUGGGAAACCUAUGGAUGAUCAUGACCACCUUCUGAGCCUUGUCUGCCAGUUGUACCAGGGCGAGAAGCCAGAUAUCUGCCAAAUUGGGCCCAGGCCUCCGAGGGAAGUCUGUUUCCAGUGA